AUGGCCAAACUCAUAGAGAAGUUUUGGCGUCUUGAAGAAGCGUGCUUUCAAGACUGGGAACCAAAGCAACAUGACGAAUGCGAGGCGGAAAGUCACUUCCGCACAACGUUAGAGAUCGCUCCCGACGGGAGAUACAUUACACGAAUGCCCCUACGGGGGGAGCCGUCAUCGUUAGGCGACUCUUAUCAACAAGCAUAUAGAAGAUUCACAUCGCUUGAGCAAAGGCUCAAGCGGAAUGCAGACCUGUACAAAGAGUACAGGGCAUUCAUGAAUGAAUAUGAAACACUGGGACAUAUGGUACCAGUCACCACAGAAGACUUUCACAAAGUAAAGUAUUUCAUCCCUCACUCGUGUGUGGUGAAACCAGAUUCAACAUCCACCAAGGUUAGGGUGGUGUUCGACGCAAGUGCAAAGACGUCAACCGGAGUAUCCCUGAACGAUAUACAAAUCGUGGGACCAACCAUUCAAAAGGACUUAUUUGAUCUGCUAAUUGAUUUCAAGACGCACAACGACGUGCUAGUAGCAGAUAUUGCAAAGAUGUACAGACAAAUUCACAUCGCAUACACAGACACUUGGUUACAAUGUAUUUUGUGGCGCGACAGCCCCAAUGAUCAAUUGAAAGCGUAUAGACUGACGACUGUCACAUAUGGUGAAGCGUCUUCAUCAUUCUUGGCCUGUAGGGCACUACACGAAGCAGCUGAAGAUUAUCGGUCGGUAAAUCCGAGAAUUGCCGACACCAUUCAACGAUCGUUCUAUGUUGACAAUCUAAUGAUUGGAGCGUCCAACGCAGAUGAACUGACGGAGACGAAACGAGAAAUAGAGCAUGCAUUGUCACUUCAUGGAUUUCCACUUCGAAAGUGGGCAUCAAACAACGCAAGCGUACUGGAAGGAAUUCCAGAGAAAGACUUGGAACCAUUGAUCCAAGUUGGUGACCAAGAGGUCAUAAAGACAUUGGGGAUAGCCUGGAACCCCAAAACAGACGUGUUCCAGUUCAUCAGUACGAAAAACAUAGGUGAAACAUACGAAGCGCUCACAAAGCGACAGAUGGUCUCGAAGAUUUUGAGACUGUAUGACCCAAUCGGAUUGAUACAACCUGUAAUCAUUACAGCUAAAAUAUUGAUGCAAGAAUUGUGGACUUAUAACGUCAGCUGGGACGAUGAUGUUCCAGAUCAAGCACUAAGCUCAUGGAAGAAGUUCGAAGCUUCAUUAGUGGAGCUCAGCAAGAUAGAAAUACCUCGGAUGUCGACUCCGAGUCAUACGAUCGCACUAGAUUUACACGGAUUCAGUGACGCCUCCGAAAAGGCUUAUGGAUGCGUCAUUUACUUACAUGCAAUCAACUUAAAAGGAGAAGAGAGUACGAAUCUCUUAUGUUCGAAAUCGAGAGUGGCGCCUUUGAAGAAGGUCACUCUGCCCCGUCUGGAACUCUUGGCGGCGGCACUUCUAGCAGAACUAACUGCUAAAAUAAAGAGCAUUCUGGCCGGUCGAAUCUCGUCGGAAUAUUACUACAGUGAUUCACAAGUAGCGCUAAGUUGGAUCAAAUCUUCAAAUACACGUUGGGGAACCUUCAUUAGAAAUAGAGUGCAGAAGAUACACUCCACCACGAAUCCAGAGCAUUGGAAAUAUAUAUCUACGAAAGAAAAUCCGGCUGAUAUGGUUUCGAGAGGAAUUCCAGUCAGAAAAUUACGCGAAGCAAAACUAGAAUUUUGGUUACACGGACCGGAAUGUAUACGAAGAAGACAAUAUUAUCUGCAGAGCGGCUACGAAUACACUGCUGCUGCAGAACAGGAAGAGAUUAAAGAGCCAAUAACACGAUUGGUAGCAGCAACAGGAAAGGCAUGCGAAGACUUAAUCGCAAAAUACCCGCACCAUCACACUCAUGACAAAACAGUAAGACACUUUGCAUGGCUGUGUAGAGCCAUAAACAAUAUGAAGAAGGUCAAUAAAGACACAGGCAUCAGAAACGAAAAGAGAUCGGGCCCACUCACCACCACUGAAUUGAAUGAAGGACUAACACUCGUAGUCCGAAUUAUGCAAGCCACUAUUUAUCCAAAUGAAGUAGCGGAAUUACGAAAAACUGGGAAGGUGCCUACGAAAGGACCUUUCCAGCAUCUCAACGCAAUCGUCAGAAAUGGAGUCAUACAUGUCACAGGGAGACUCCACAAUGCAGAAAUGCCCAUCUCACAAAAGAAUCCAAUAUUGAUUCUCAAAUCGCACCCAUUUUCGAGGGUAAUAAUUCAAAAAAUACAUGAGGAUAGAUUUCACGCCGGAACAGAUCUGGUAAUAAACGAAUUUCGACAAAGAUUUUGGAUGAGGGAUCUCCGAAGGACCGUACAAGGAGUCAUUCAACGAUGCAUCUUAUGUGCCAAAGCGCGGCCCAGACGUUUACAGCAACGAAUGGGACAACUGCCCUCGCCCAGGGUAAAUGAAUCAGUAGCGUUCACUCACACGGGAGUGGACUUAUGUGGGCCAUUCGAAGUAUAUCUCAAUCAAAAAUCGAAAUGCAAGACCACAGCAUAUGCUUGCAUCUUCAUAUGUUUUGCGACCAAAGCAGUUCACCUAGAAGUCGUCGAAGAUCAGUCGACGGCAGCGUUCAUAUCAGCACUUCUCCGUUUCACAUCAGUGAGGGGAAUACCCGAGGUUAUUUACUCCGACAAUGGGCGGAACUUUGUCGGGGCCAGCAGAGAACUCAAUCGUUUACGAAGAAUAUAUAACAAUGAAGUUUUUCAAAACAAAUUAGUUGAUAUUGCGGCAACUCACAGAAUAAGAUUUUCAUUCAUUCCACCCCGAAGCCCCAGCUUUGGAGGACUUUGGGAAGCGAACAUAAAGGUAGCCAAGCGGCUCUUUAGUGCAGCGGCCAGAGGAGCACAGCUAAACAUCAUGGAAUUGCAGACACUGUUCUACCAAGUGGCCGCAAUAAUGAAUUCGCGACCACUCACACCUGUUUACACGACGCCAGAUUCACCGACCGCGAUCACACCCGGUCAUUUUUUGAUAGCACGCCCAAUGCUAGCCGUGCCCAUCCCUACGCAGAGUAAGGAUGGAAGCAAUCUCACAACCAGAUGGAAACGAGUACAAUCGCAGCUCGAACAAUUUUGGAGAAGAUGGAGAGACGAGUAUCUCCACCAGUUACGUGAUUAUGCAAAAUGGACCAAGCAACAAGCCAACGUUAAGGUAGGCCAAAUCGUAUUGAUCGGAGACGAUCACCUUCCCGUAGCAAGGUGGCCUAUGGGAAUUGUCACACAAAUACACCCUGGAGAUGAUGGAGUAGUCCGAGUGGCAGUAGUGCGAACCGCUACCGGAAUUUACAAACGCAACGUGCGAACACUUGCUCCUCUACCAGUCGAGGAGCACACCAUUCAACCCAUUAUAGAAGAGUAUGACAACACAGCUGAUAACGAACAGCAAUCUCAAGCCGAAGCAAUCGAACUAGAAGACGAUCCCCCUCCCCAAGCACCCCAAAUGAUUUGGGACGGUAGACUACGCCCUCGUCCCAAAGGGGGGAGAAAAUGGAAGUACACGAAAUCAGAUUGGGUGACGACCCUAUGA